GGCGUCAGGCACGAAGGGGGCCUUCGAGCGAGCGUUGAGAGUAGCGAAGGCAUUGGCAGGGACGGCAGUCGACGUACUUGCAACUCCCGGAUUGAUCGACCGAGUAAAAGAGCAAUGGAGAAGAGAUAUGGAUAGCAUGAAGACGGCCUUGCAGAGCACGGUCGAUGAUGAAAACACGUGAAGAAGGCUUUUGACGAAGAAAAAAGUUCCUGCAUGGAACAAAAUAUAUAAAUAAGAUGGGCGUCCACGUCUUUAAGGUGUUGUAAGUUCUAUUCGGAUAAGAUUUCCUUGGACGGGCUCCAUGUCUCCACAAUGGCACCUUUCGAAGAAAAAAGUCUUUUCAGAAACAAUCCUCAAGAAAAAUGGCAUCAUCCACACUCGACAUAACCAUUGCUCAUCUGGGCGACCUUAAAGUGGGCUACCGCCUGUCGAACGACAAGAUCGACCCUAAAAAGGCCACCCUCGUGUGCAUCAACUCCAUGUGCAUGACCGCAGCGCUUUUUGAACCUCAAUUCCAGGACACGCAGUUGACAUCGGCCUGCAACAUUCUGGCGAUCGAACCCCUCGGCCAUGGAGCUACUUCGUUCCCCACCAAAGCGGAGCACUUCAACUACUGGGAUACCGCAAUCAUGGCACUCGAGGUUAUGUCCAAGCUAGGCGUAGAGAAAGCAUUUGCCCGGGGCACCAGCCAGGGCGGGUGGAUGGUAGUCCGCAUGGCGCUGUUGGCGCCUGAAAGGAUCCUCGGCUUGGUCCCACUGGGUACUUCGAUGGAGGCAGAGACGACGGAAUCCCAAAGCAAAGGCUGAUGGGACCCGGUGCCUCUCCUGAAGCCGUUCGCCGAUAAAUGGGCCAGUGUGAAGCCGACGACUGAGUUUGAGAUCGACGACGUUUGGUGUGGGAUGGUGGCUAGCUUCGGAUUUGGACCCCAUGCUACGGAGGCUUCGACCGAAUUUUGGACAUCCACGCUCAAACGGAUCUAUAAGGGCGAUGAAGGGCGAAAAAAGGCGCGCAUGGCGCUAUUGUGUCUGCUCAGCCGUGAUGGGUUGACAUUGAGGCUGGGGGAUGUGAGGUGCCCUAUUUACUGGCUCCAGGGUACGGAAGACGUGCCCUACGGGGCUCAGAUGCAACAGGGGCAAAUUAAGCUAUUCG